AUGUGUAUAAGCGGUCAGUCAGUCAAAAAGUCUGUCAGAAGCUGGAGCGUCAAACUUACGGACACAUGGGUCACAAGAGACAGUACACACAAAACACUAACUAAACACAACUGUAGGAAACAUCAGUAGAAAGAAAGGUUUUCCUAGCUAGGCUGAAAGGAUAUGAUCGCGGGUGUUCAGAAGAUGUCUGUGGGGUUGCUGCCAGCGGGAAGGGGUGCGGCAUGUCUGACAUGUAAUGGGAUCUGCUCUGGCUUUCAGCCACAUUCCUGGAGAAAAGCCUGCAUAGAGUGCCACUGCAGCCAGGAAGAGCACAUGGACAGCUCUGACAUAGAAGAUGACCACAUGAUAGGGAGAUUGCUUGCUGAGUCCCACUAUGCUUAUCUCACAACAAAGGUUAAAGGAGGAGAUGGCCUGAGGGUCUACAAACGCAACCGCAUGAUCAUUACCAAUCCAAUUGUUUCCCGUAAAGACCCAACUUUCAACACCAUCACCUAUGACUGGGCCCCGCCAGGCCUCACCCAGAAACUGGCAAUGCAAUAUAUGGAGCUUCUCCCUGAAGACAGGCGACCUGUAGCUGGAACGGAAGGGGCGUUAUAUCGUCACAAGCAACUGUUAAGACAGUUGCCCCCCUAUGAUCAGGACCACACAUACUGUCACAGUAUGUCUGAGGCAGAGCUAAAGGCCAUGGCUCAGUUUGUGAAAUCCUAUAAGGAGGAAGCUCUUGGAGUGGGGAAAAUUGCUUUGCCUGGGGAAGAAGGAAAAGCCAAGCAAAAGAAUGAGAGAGACCCCACCAAUCCAGAACAGUACAAUACAGAGACCACUGCCAAUGAUACAACAGAGAAGAACAGCCAGAAAAGUGAAUAUUGGUGUAGUGGUUGUGGAAAGUUGGCGGCUACCGAUAGUCCUGUGGUGUAUGCAGACAGAGCUGGGUAUGAAAGACUGUGGCAUCCCACCUGCUUUGUGUGUUGUGAGUGUGGUGAAGCUUUGGUAGAUCUAAUCUACUUCUGGAAGGAAGGAGUACUGCUGUGUGGACGCCAUUACUGCCAGAGGAUCAGACCUCGGUGCUUUGGCUGUGAUGAGCUGAUCUUCUCAGAGAUGUUUCAUCAGGAUGCUGAUGGGCGUUUUUGGCACAAGGAACACUUCUGCUGUUGGCUGUGUGGACAGAGUAUGAGGAUUCAGUGCGGCUGUGACAUACAACAAUCAAAAUAAAUUGUUUAAUGGCUAAUAAAUAUUCUAAAGUUAGACAUUAAGAUGACACCACGAUUAGAAAUAUCAAAGAGCCUGUCCCAGAACCCAGAUUUGGGUUCUUUGCCUUUACAUGCUUACAUAUUUGCAUUAUGUAAUUUCAGUUUCCUAUUAGGCAAAAGUAGUCAACUGGUACUGAAGACCAUGUAGAAUAUAUGAUUAAAUAAUUAUACACCUGAACAGUGUUGUUCCAGAUUGUGGCAGGAGUUUUUGCUUUACUGCUUUGUAAAUCUAAUUGACGAUACUAUUUAGUAAUUGUGAUGCUUCUACUUAUGCAAUAAAAUGAAAGGUGUAAUAAGAGAAA